AUGGUCUACAUGGCACCGGCUGAGAGCAAGGGCGAGGGCGCUGUCUGGACCAAGAUCUGGGAGGAGGGUCUCACUGACGGACAGUGGGCUGUCGAAAAAUUCAUUCAGAACAAGGGUCUCAUCACCGUCGACAUCCCCAACUUGAAGGCGGGCGACUACUGGAUCCGCUCUGAGAUCAUUGGUCUCCACGAGGCCGGCAGCGAAGGUGGCGCCCAAUUCUACAAUGGCUGCGGUCAGAUCAAGGUCACCGGCUCUGGAUCUGUCUCUCUCCCUGCCACUGGCGCCGACAUGACCAAGACCUACUCCCCCACCCACCCCGGCGUCUUGUUCAACCUGUACAACAACCCCACCAGCUACGAGAUCCCCGGCCCCAAGGUCUGGGACGGCGCCUCGUCCGGAAGCGCCCCUGCUCCUAGCACCCCAUCCCAGGCCCCUGCCACGCCUGUCUCUUCCACCACUCCCUCCAAGUCUGCCGCACCCGUCGCUAGCCCCGUUGCCACCCCAGUCGAGGAGGCCGAACCCGUCACCCCUACUCCUGCCCCCUCUGCUGCUCCUGCUCCCGCCCUUGGCAACGGCUCCGGCUCCGGCUCCGGCUCCGCUCUCCCGGAGACCUUCACCAUUGACCAGUUCAUCAGCUGGCUCAAGUCCAACACUGGCAGCUCUGGUCGCCGCGCCCGCCGCGCCCACCCCCGUGCUUUCCGGGUGUAA